AUGGAUGAAAAAAUCAAUGUUACCUAUAUAACUCUUGAUGGUUUUGUAGAAAUUGACAAGUAUAGAUAUGUUUAUUUUUACAUUAUGUUCAUAGUAUAUAUUCUAAUAAUCUGCUGUAAUUCUACAAUUUUGUAUCUCAUUUGUAUUCAUCAAAAUCUCCAUGAGCCUAUGUACAUUUUCAUUGCAGCUUUGCUGUUGAAUUGUGCUCUUUACUCUACAGCUGUUUACCCUAAAUAUCUCAUUGACUUUUUAUCUGAAAAACAGGUCAUAUCCUAUUCGGCAUGUCUUUUUCAGUAUUUUCUGUUUUACAGUCUAGCUGGCUCAGAGUUUUUCCUCUUGGCAGCCAUGGCCUAUGACAGAUAUGUGGCUAUAUGCAAACCUCUUCAAUAUCCAACCAUCAUGAGAAAAAAGACUGUGAGUAUUUUCCUGUUCAUAGCUUGGGUUGUGCCUGCUUUUCAUAUUACAAUCCCAGCAAUAGGGAGUGCUAAAGCUAAAUUGUGUUCCUUUUAUUUAAAUGAAACAUUUUGUAACAAUAGAAUUUCUACUCUUCAGUGUUUAAGAUCAAAAUUUAUUGCUGUCUUUGGUUUCGUUUGUAUGCUCGAUCUUGGAGUACUCCCUCUGUUAUUCAUACUUUACACAUACACAAAAAUAUUCUUAAUGUCUUAUCGAAGUUGUAAAGAAAUUAGGAAGAAAGCUGCAGAGACCUGUUUACCCCACCUGUCAGUUUUAAUUAGCUUUUCCUGUUUAGGUGUCUAUGAUGUAGUAAUAACCCGAGUGGAAUCAGAUUUUCCAAAAACUGCACGCUUAAUAAUGACAUUACAACUAGCUUUGUAUCAUCCUUUGUUUAAUCCAUUUGUAUAUGGGCUUAAAAUGAAGGAAAUUUCGAAACACCUGAAAAGGUUGUUUUCUCCACCCCCCAAAAUUUGAUGCAUUAAUUCUGAAUUGUUAAGAUUCUUAAGCUAUUUUUAAAAUAGUUUUAUUAAAUAUUAAAGUCCUGAACUUGAUUUAUUCUCUGUUUUUUGCAUCAUUGUUAUAAAUCGAUGAUUCUUUGACCUUUAAACCUCACAUAGACAAUCUUGUGAAAAAACUCAAAUUAAAAUUGGGAUUUUUCUUUCGAAACAAAUUUUGUUUUUCCUUUGAGACAAAAAAGCGUCUUGUGAAUGCUACAUUUUUAUCUGUUUUAGAUUAUGGUGAUCUGCUGUAUAUGAAUGCUUCUGCCCAGUGUCUUCAAAAGAUCGAUUCAGUAUAUCAUGCUUCUUUACGGUUUAUUACAAACUGUAGGGCUUUGACCCAUUGUUGUGAUCUGUAUGUUCGUGUGGGGUGGCCUUCGUUGUCCUCCAGGAGAUUUGCUCACUGGUGCAUCUUUAUUUAUAAGGCCCUGCUUGGUCUAAUGCCCACUUACAUUUGUGAUCU